ACCUACAGCCAUGUUUCUUGGGGACUUCAAUUGAAAAACAACCCAUUGGGCUAACGUGGGGUUAAACACAACGUUAACGUUAGUUACAAAUAGCGGAUUUAUUCCAACCGUUGUAUCGCUUGUUUUAUUUGUGUGUCCUUGCUUUAGCUUUACGUUAGCCGCGGUGACUGGCGCGUAACGACGACCGAGGUCGUCAAAUGUCAAGACCACGGUCCGGCUCUCCACGAUACAGGAGGUUCCCGUGGGACGAACCAAACUUUAAUCCUCCAAAAGUCGGCGCAGAACUGGACGGGAGUCCGCCGGAGAGGAGCCGCCGCUCCCGAGAAGAGCCCGAAGAGCACUGGACCUCCUUCAGGGACGACAUGCACCACGAAGCCCAGAGGAGGAGCCCUCAUUUCCCAGAGGACCGGCAGUUUGGGCAUCAGCGCCUCCCGAGCCCGGAAGAGUUUUACCGCCGCAGGCUGUCGCCACAUCACAGUGUGGCGAGCUUCGAUGAAGAGCGAAGGCAUUCCCCUCUGCAGGAUGGAGGAGGAGGAGGAGAGAGGCGCAGAGGAGGCUUCAGAGAGCUCUUCCAGAGAUAUGAAAACAGGGCCACGUUGUCUCAGUCGCCGCUGAGGCUGGCGAGGGAGACGCUGCCGGCAACGCCGCGCUGUCACUCGGACCACCAGCAGAGGGAGACGGGGGGCGGCUGGAGGAAAGGGGAGCAGGGCAGAGGUCAAGGGAGGUUCAGGGACCUCAGUCCCGUUGUGAGGAUGGACGACCAACGAGGGGGAGCAGGUAGGGAGAGAGGAAGGAGGCCCGCACAGGGUCCGAACAGAGACCGGCGAAGAGAGGAUUCCCAUCAGGAGAGGAACCCCCCCUUUAAAAGGCAAAGGGGGGAAAUGGACGACGCCGCUCACCUUGGGUACAGGGAUGAGGAGGACUUUGGGGAACCGCGUUACUCGGUGGACCCCCCCAGGGACGAGCUCGGAGGCGGCGCCCGGCGCUCGGCGCCGCUCGUCGUGGAGCAUGAUCACGGCGUGGGGGGGGGGCUGCGGUGGGAACAGUUUGGCGAUCGCAGAGACGUCGACCCCGACUUUGACCCCGACUUCAACCGGCAGAGGAGCCCCCGCCCGGCGGGCGUCUCCCAGGAGCGUUUCAGGGCGCAGGGCGAUCGGGGGGACGCGAGAGGACGCCAUUUCCAAGACAGCUGGAGGGACUCUGACUACCACGAAGCCCGGAGGGACCCCGCGCCGCAGGGAGGACCCAACCCCCCGAGGCACGGCAGCAGAGACGCGCCCGCGAACCACCGGGGGAGGGGCGCACCUCACCCGCCGAGGGGGCAAUCGGGAAGAAGCGUAGCGCCCAGGAUUCAGCCCCGCCCACGGCCGCCCUCACAAGGAUACCAAGAGCCUCCCCAGGAGGAGCCGAGGCCGGGGGGGCGACCUUUCAGGGGCGACGUCUACGAGGAUCCCCGGGACGUGGAGCCCGACUGGGCGGAGGAAGACGGGCCGCAGCAGUGGGAACCGCGCCGGCCCGGAGGCCUCCAGCGGCCCCCCCAGAGGAGCCACUUGGACCCUAAAAUGCCCCGGCAGAGGGAGCGAGGGUGGGCCGACCAGAGCGGCGACCACGUGGCCGUGGUAACCGAGGAAACGCUCACCAUCAAAGUGGACAUGAGCCGACCUGCGAAGAACCACAGCUCGCUGUGCACCUCCUCCGACCGGCAGCUCUCACUGGACCUGGUCAACGUGGGACGCCAGCGUCUGGACUUCCUGCCCAUGCUGGAGCACUCUGGGACGUACCGCGAGUCCACGUCCAGCACCGGCACCUUCGCCCAGGAGAUCAUCACGCUGGUGCACCAGGUCAAAGAUCAGUACUUCAGAGACAACGGGCUCACCCUCAACCAGCGGUUCUCGGCGCCCCAGAAAGACGAGGGGUCGGAGGAGCUGACGCUGGACGAGCGGUUCAGCUCGAACCGAGGCUUCAGCUUAAAUCUGAACUCCCUGCUGGACGAGGACGAGCCUCUUUUCUCCAGACUGGAGCCGCUGCAGCCGGUCCGAGGCCCCGGCGACCUGAGGCACGACCUCGAGAGGAGGAGACAGGAGAGGCUGGAGGGGGUCAAGGUCACCAUAUCAGGCAGCAGCAUGUCACAGCGCCCCUUGGGGCCCAGCAGCGAGUCGGGCUUCGACUACUGCGACCAGGACCAAGCAUCUCCGAUGGAGGACGGGGGCGUCUCCUUCUGGGCCGAGGAGCCGGGCCGGAGACGAGAAGGACACACGGGGCCGAGGAGAGGAGCGCCCUACGCCCCCCAGCACAGGAACACUCAGCCCGGGAACCGGCUCGGACCGCUGAGGCGUCAGAACCACCGCAGCCACCCGCCAGGUACCGAGGAUCGAUACACGGGAUCCGUCGGUAAAGAGUCACACCUGCUUCUAGUAAACCGACGUCUUUUAAUAUCCACAUCGUGAGCUUCAAGUCCCAGCUGGUGACCGGACAGACAAAGGAGCAGCUGAUUAAAAGAGAUCGUGCACCAAACUGAAGAAGGGCAGCACGCCGACCUAUGACCUCUGACCUCUUCUGUCUCCAUACGUUGUUGUUUUUCUGAUGCUGAAUAAAUAAAAUGUUUUGUCAUUUUA